AUGACAAUUUAUUUUGUUGAUGUAAUACAGACAACACUACCUGUCAGUACGAACAAAAAGAAAAAAAUUGAAAUACCAGAAAGUCCAAUACGACCACCAAGAUUAACAAAAGCCGUAUGUCUAGAUUGUGAAAUGGUUGGUAUUGGUGAAAUGGGUCUUGACAAUAUGCUUGCUCGUAUAUCAAUUGUUAAUCAACUUGGUCAAUGUCUUUAUGAUAAAUAUGUUAAAGCAACGGAACCUGUUGUUGAUUAUCGAACAUCAAUUAGUGGUGUUACAGAGCAACAUCUUCAGAAUGGAAUUCCUCUUGAUGUUGUUCAAAAAGAAGUGUCAGAUAUAAUUGAACAUCGAACACUUGUUGGUCAUGCUAUACAUAAUGAUCUUCAAGUUUUAUUUUUAAGUCAUCCGAAACGACGUAUUCGAGAUACACAACGUUAUAAAGGUUUCCGAUCUUUAUUUAAUGGUGGUUUACCAUCAUUAAGAUCACUUGCUGAUAAAGUACUUGGAUUGAAAAUUCAAACUGGUGCACAUGAUUCUGUAGAAGAUGCUCGAAUCACAAUGCAAUUAUAUGUUCAACAUCGUCGUGAAUGGGAAAAAUCCUUACGUGAAAAUAAGUCUUUAACUAGUGAAGAAAAACAUAAACGUAUACGUGCUCGUCAAAAACAGAAACAGUUACAAAAUUCUUCUUCUCGUGUUAAAAAAAGAAAUAAUCUAAUUUAA